AGACACACUUACAUUUUUUAUUUAUUUUUAGAAGACACACUUGCACAGGUGGACGGGGGUGUGUGUUUACCAAUUCUAGGGUUUUGUGUUGGUGGGUUUUAGAGUUUGAGAAGCACGAAGACUAGACAAACAAUUCGUUAGCUUCUUGCGAUUUCUCUGCUGAACAGUUGGACACAAUGUAUCUUCAAUUCUACAUAAAUGACAACGGUAACAAAGUUUACACCACUAAGAAAGAAUCACCACUUGGAUUGGCUACAGAAUCUGCUCAUCCAGCUCGCUUCUCUCCUGAUGACAAAUAUUCCAGGCAAAGAGUCCUUCUAAAGAAACGCUUUGGAUUACUGCCAACCCAAAAGCCACCUCCAAAGUAUUGAGAACUUCACAGCCUUGUUUUGGAUCCCUUUUUACUUUUUAUGUAGCUUCUGCUCAAAUUGAUAACAGUAUGGGUGUGCAUGACAGUAGUCCAUCAGUAAAUCUUGGGAUGAACUUGAACUAUAUAUGAGAGACACUUUUGGUUGGAUAGAUAUGUUGCAUGUUGUCAAUGAUUUGAUUUAUGUCUGGAUUGAGCUUUGUAAAAACAUCUGUCUGCUAUUAUGGUUGGGAAGAAAGUAAUCUUUUCAAGAAUGACAAAAGAAAUGUAUAGUUUGUGCAUAAA